AUGAGGGCAGGGCAACAGGCGGACUGGCCCAGGCAAGGGACGGACGGCACCAACAAGAUCCCGUCAUCUGCCACUGAUACGGCAGAAUCAGAGAACUUUGUUGCCCUCACCACUUUCAGUCACGGGGCCAGCGUCACCGAUCUCCACCACUCCCUUCAGAAACUGCCCUUCUUGGGUGGUGUCGAGCAAACCGAAAAACUGGCGCGCGUCUAUCGCGCCCAUGACACAAGACCGUAUCCAACCUACCUAGGCGGCCAAACCGUCACCGUGGAUAUCGCGUCUCUCCUGAAGGCUCCCGACUCAGAUGAGUCCUCCACCGCUCCGCCUCAGCAUACCCGAUCUUCGUCAGACCCGUCCGCAACCGCAACCACGGCGGCCACAGCGCCUGUCAGCGGGCUACCUCCGUAUGGCCCGCCACCCGUAGCACCGGGCCUGGCUGUGAGCGGCAAGCGUGCCAUGCCGCCGCACGUUGCGGAGUCUCCGGCCAAGAAGCAGAGCAAGUGGUCGCCGGAGGAAGAUGCCUUGAUCAUCGAACUUCGGGGGAGCGGAAUGAAGUGGGAGGACAUUUCGAAACGCUUACCAGGACGAAGCGCCAUCAGUUGUCGACUCCACUACCAGAACUACCUCGAGAGGCGGAGCGAAUGGGAUGAGGAGCGCAAGAACAAGCUUGCACGGCUGUACGAGAGGUACGAUUUGAGCCCGAUACUCUGGAAACCACUCUGGAUUCGCAUUGUACAUCCUGAGGGGAAACAAACUAACACAGAAGCCAGGUUUAAACCGGAGAUGUGGGCAAAGGUUGCGGAGGAGAUGGCUGUCCCUUGGCGAGCCGCAGAGGCCAUGCACUGGCAGCUUGGCGAAGCCGAUAUGGCCCGACGGGCCGGCGUUGUACCCUUUUCCCUGACAGCGGUCAACGUAGACCAGCCUGGCGGUGGUCACCGGCACUCUCCUUCUCGAGGGCACAUGCACACCCAGUCCCAACCUAGCCUGCCUCGGGACAUUGGCGGACCAUCCCCACGAUACGGUCGACCACCUCCACCUGGCAUAUCACCGAUCCCCGGUGGACGAGCCAUCGCCGCCCGGCGCGAAAGCGUUCCCGGAAGGCCGCUGAUGGGAUCGGAUCCGAAUGAGAUGGCGGGGAUGGGGCCGGGUGGCCCCGGGUUGGCUCCGAUUCAGGGGCUUCCGCCAGGCCGGGGCGGGGGCAUGCUCCCGGGUGUGGCCGAACUGACUACCGGUGUAAGCCCCUACAGCACCCCAGCAUACGCGAUGGGCGGUAUACCGACGGCAAGCCCGGUGCCCAGCGCAAGAGCAAGCCCCGGACCGCUACUCCCAGCCCUCCACUAUCCACCACCUCACGAGCAAGCCGGUGCGAAGCGACGAGCCAGUCCAGGUACGGAGAUGAUGGGCUCAAGGGAAACGAGUCGGCGGCGGCACAUGGAUCCCCGCCAGGAAGAGAUGGACCGGCGGCGCGUUGCAUGA